AUGCAAUCGGCCAGCGGAGAACAAUCUUUGGGGUCGGAUUUCUUAUUGGACCUGCCAAGGGAAUCCUUGGUGUCGAUCAUUCGACAAAUGUCAGGUCAGCUGAGUCAACUGCGCUCUCAGCUGACGGUCUUGGAGCAGCGCAACUGCAUGUUGCAGGACAGACUACCGGAGCUCAUCCGUGGCACUAUUCGAUCGGCGAUGUCCGCAGAAGGGAGCAAGGAUGCAGUGGAUGAUUGUCAAAUGAGUGUGAAGAAUGAGGAAAAGGGCACCGCAAGGGUAUCGGAAGGUGGCGACGCUGUAAUCCCCCCAGUUGGAUUGUUGACCCUCCCCUCUACUUUGGCACCGCCACCCACCUCCCUACCUCCUGAGUCCUCCGUCGUGUUAAAAUUUUUAAACACAUUCCUCCCAUCAGCUCUACCAACAGCCGAAGCCCCAUCACCCGUCCCUACCCAAUUGCCAGUUACAGUCCCCCAGAAUACAGGCAUCGAUACAUCGGAUAUGGUGAAGCUGACACCACUGCCUCCUUUGAGUUCACUUGAGGAAGAUGGCGAGGAGGAGGGGGAGGAUUGCCUCACCUCGGCGGUAUCUCGACCUCGGCGCACGCGGACUCGCACCGAGACGACGAGUUUGUUGUCCGAGGAGGUAAUUCAACAGAUUGAGGAGCAGAUCCUCUCCUCCAUGACGGAGCGACGCGAACGCUUCUGGCAGAUCUUCCUUGAGUCUAAGGGCUGGACUCGAGCCACUUGCGCUCUCAUGUCUUGCCUCUUCACGCGGUGGCAAAUGGCCCACUCUACCGUUUAUGGCCGCCAGUCACCCGUAGGCGGUGAGGCCAGAGACCCUCUUCCCACUCGCCUCGUUCACUACAUUGUCACAAAGAUCAACCGGCGCUUUGGCGUGAAUCCGGUGAAGGUGCGCGCAAGGAUGGCGCAGAAGUGCAAGGAUCUACGCCGUCUCAUACGCAAGUACGGGGAGGACGCGGUGGCGGUAGAAGGGGCGGCUGCUGUCUCUACCGUCACUAACGGGAGGGGGGAGGCUGAGACGGAGGAUACCAAAGCCCACUGUCUUGACCUUGGCACCUCUCAUACAUCAGUCUCCUUCGUGCCGCUGCACAGCUCUCUUCCACCCCUCCCUAACAUCACUUUCCCGCCAACCUCUUAA